CCUUGGAAAGACCAAGACCCAAAUCCAACACCGACACAACGACACAACAACACAACACAACGACAAUGAAGGUCUCCGUCAUCUUCACCACCCUCUUCGCCGCCACGGCCGUCGCCGCCCCUGCCGCGGUCCAACUCAAUGAGAACGCCGUCGAGCAGUCCCUCGAGGCCCGGGCUGCUGGCCGAGGCAACUGCUGCCCUCUCGUCUAUUACGGUCCCGGCAUGACCGGCUGUCCUAGGCACCCGACAAACUGCAGAUGCUGUUAAGAAAUGGUCAACGACCUCAUGUAUCGAUGCGCAAAUCACGCUCUCUGGAUCUACCUCUUUCGUCUUGGACCUCCACUCGGCGGCAGCUGCGAUGGAGUCUUGAUACUCGCCGGACGUACCGACAAGAGAGCUGGCUUUAGGGUGAUGGAUGGUUGUGAGGAACAUUUCUUUGUUCCGUGUGCAAGGCCGGAUCGCCGGGAUUGUGCAUUGCAUCCUUUGUUCAUUCGCUCAGUCAAUCACGAUAUCGACAUAUAUAAAACACGAU